AUAAAAAAAAGGACGAAUAUAUCAUAAUUAAUUAACCCUUUAUUAAAUCUAGCUUAAAGUCCAGUUCCCUCAUCGUCUCCAAAGUCCAAACAGAUUCUUCAUUUCAGUGGCGACAAGAAAUGGUCAUAGAGGAAGAAGUCGCAUUUCUAGAAGAUUACGUUAGUGAUUCAGUAGACCACCGAGGAGUUCCCGCCGGAAAACUUUCCACCGGUGGAUGGAGAUCCGCCUGGUAUAUUAUUGGUGUAGAGGUAGGAGAAAGAUUUGCUUACUUUGGGAUUGCCUCCAACUUAAUUACUUACCUCACCGGACCUCUCGGGCAAUCGACGGCGACCGCCGCCGUAAACGUGAACACUUGGUCAGGAACAGCCUCGAUGCUUCCUGUUGUAGGAGCUUUCGUGGCAGACGCUUAUCUUGGUCGUUACCGCACCAUAGUGAUAGCUUCUCUUAUCUACAUACUCGGACUAGGACUAUUGACCUUGUCGGCUUUCUUAAUUACAAUAAGAAUAUCAGAGCAACGACACGAUUCAGUUAAAACGUUUUUCUGGGUGAAUAUACUUUUCUUCUGCUCUCUCUAUAUGGUGGCGAUCGGACAAGGCGGCCACAAACCGUGUGUUCAAGCGUUUGGUGCUGAUCAAUUCGACUCUAGAGAUUCAAAGGAGAGAAUAUCUAGAGGAUCGUUUUUCAACUGGUGGUUCAUGACUUUAUCUGCCGGAAUCACUUUAUCUUUUCUUGUGGUGGUUUACGUCCAAGACAAUAUAAGCUGGGCGCUUGGCUUAAUUGGAACCCCAUGUCUGUUCAUGGUUAUGGCUCUAGCUCUCUUCUUGCUCGGAAGAAAAACGUACAGAUACCCAAAAGAAGAUUACAAGGAGAAGAACGCUUUGGCAAGAAUCGGUAGAGUGUUCGUCACGGCUUACAAAAACCGAAAACUGAAUUUAGCUGAUCCGGGUUUGGGGGAAAGUCUAUUGGAGGAUGGUUCGUCUCAGAAAUGUAGAGGCUGGCUUGAGUGCUUAGGGAAAGCGUUACUACCAGGAGAAGGAGGUGGAGAGCCAUGUACUAGAAAGGACGUGGAAGAUGCAAUGGCUUUGGUAAGGCUUAUACCGAUAUGGAUCACAUCGGUCAUCAGCACGAUUCCCUAUGCUCAAUACUCUACCUUCUUCACCAAGCAAGGCGUUACGGUAGACAGAAAAAUCUUGCCGGGUUUCGAAAUCCCUCCAGCUUCUUUCCAGUCAUUUAUCGGUGUGUCGAUUCUCAUCUCAGUUCCAACUUAUGAACGUGUAUUCCUCCCGUUAGCUAGAUACAUUACCAAAAAGCCUUCCGGGAUCACAAUGCUCCAGAGAAUCGGAGCUGGAAUGGUGCUCUCUAGCUUCAACAUGGUGGUGGCCGCGUUGGUAGAGACCAAACGGCUAGAGAUAGCUAAGGAGUACGGGCUUGUGGAUAGACCGGAUGCAACCGUGCCAAUGUCUAUAUGGUGGUUCGUUCCUCAGUAUAUAUUGCUCGGGAUGAUUGAUGUGUUCUCGCUAGUGGGUACACAAGAGUUCUUCUACGACCAAGUUCCAACGGAGCUAAGGAGCAUUGGUCUUGCGCUCUCUUUGAGUGCGAUGGGUCUUUCGAGCUUCUUGAGUGGUUUCCUCAUCACUGCGAUUAAUUGGGUUACGGGAAAAGAUGGCGGUGAUAGCUGGUUCAACACUAACUUAAACCGAGCUCAUGUCGAUUACUUCUACUGGUUGCUCGCCGCUUUCACCGCCGUUGGAUUCUUGGCGUUUUUGUUCUUCUCCAGGUUGUAUGUGUACCGCCGGGUAGACCAAGUCUACGAACAAGAAAAGUCAAGUUUAUCGAAAAUUCAUUGUUCAUUUGUAAUUUAAACUGAUUACUGUAAAUUUUUUGAAA